UAAAUUUAUUACUUUAAAACAGUAACAACAUUUGCCGAACAUUUUGUUGGACCAUGAGAAUACUGCGGAACAACAUACUUUAGCAUUUGUGUUUUUUUAUCUCUCAUUAAAUGAGUGACCGUAAAAUAUCUCUAAGAAGGCCCGGCUUUGGCGAAUCCCAUCUCCCCUACCCUACUAUACAAGAUUGUGCAUUGUUUAGAUAUAAUUAAAAACGUGUUUUAAAGCAUUUAUUGAUAAGGUUACAUGAUUUAGUUCAGGGGCCGAAAACAAUCUUGGUUAAGAAAGCCAUAAACGCGACAUUUGGAAUUGUUUUUUUCAUGACAACUUGUAAUAGACUUGCGGAAAUCAACAAGUUAGAGCAACGUAAAUAACGGCUAGUGUUCCUAGUGCCAUAAUUACAAAAUGAUAUAUUGUUUUGGAAGUUUGUUACAAAUGGUUUGUUACGUUACUGAAAAUAACACAACAAAUUGCAUUUGUAACAAAUGUGCUUUAUAAAAUUCAAUUGGAUUAGUCUGCACGCCAGAUAAACGAGUCAACUUUGAUAUUGGUUAGGGACCUCUACUUUAAUUGGUUGGUAAUAUUAGUGCCAAACAAAGCUAGUUAUGUCAAAUGAAGCAGAGUAUAAGAUGCCAUCCGACCCAGCUCAACUUCAAGCAUUCACAAGAAUCGAUACUUAUGUAAAACCAUAUGAUAUGAAUGAAACACAAAAGUUUUACAAUUCUUGGGCAAAGACCUAUGAUGAUGAUUAUAAAGCAAUUCCUUAUCAUGCCCAUUCGAUGUUGGUGAACUCGCUGUCAAGUCUAAUUAGCGAAGAACAAAGAAAAAGUGAAAAUUUUCACAUAUUGGACCUUGCGUCAGGUACUGGAAAUUGUGGUGUCACUUUGAGAGAACAUGGUUUCAGCUGCACUAUUGAUGGUAUUGAAGCUAAUGAAGCAAUGAAUGUUCAGGCUGUGCAGAAAAACAUAUACAGAAAUCUAACAGUUCACAUUGUAACACCUGAUACACGAAUACCAGCAGAAGAUUGUAGCUAUGAUGCCAUUAUCUCUACUGGGGGGUUUUCUCGUACACAUAUUCAAGCUGAGUGUAUCAAGGACGUGGUUCGAAUUCUGAAGGUCGGUGGCCUCUUUUGGUUCAGUGUACGAAACACUAGUCUUGCUUGUGACUACAACAAAUCGGUUGAGGCUGUUUUGGCUGAAUUACAAUCAACAGGCAGCAUAGAAGUUAUUCUGAAAAAUAAAUUCGAUUAUUAUAGCUACAAUGUUGAGCAACAGGAUUCAACAGAAAAGGUCGCAGUUCCUGGCUUGGAACGCUGCAUUAGAAAGUUAAAAUAACAUUCAAAAUUUCAAAAUUAUCAAAUAAAAGAAAAAAUCUUUUUUCUGAAAUUCUAAAUUAUGCAACUAUCUUUUAUCUAUUAGUUUUAUUGUGAUCAAUCUCUAAACUUGUAACUGUAAUGUAACUAAAAAAAUGUAACUAAUUAUUUAUACUAAUUUCUAUGUGGUUUACGAUUGAUAUAUACCGUGCAAAUUUUAGCGCUUUAUUGUAUUUUACUCGUUCUUCUCUUUUAAUCUAGUUCGAAAAGAUGUAAUUCAAUGAAGACAAUAUUAUGAAUGGUGCUCUAUCAGCCUAUACUAUGCAAUAAUAAUAAUAUUGUUCAUUUAACAGA